ACUGGUUGUGAACUUGUGCUUGCGGCGCGGAAAUAGAAAUGGCGUCUCCGUUGGAUAGGUAUCGCAAAGUCCUUUUUCCAAAACGAAAUGUGGGCGAUCUAGGAAGUAAAAUGGUUGCGAAACAUGCCAGUCUGCAGAAAAUGGAUUUCCUCAACUCCAAAGCAAAGCUACAGUUCGAACACGACAUCGAAGUCGGCGUCAGCGCAAGAGAAAAAGAACUUCACGAGCAAAGGCUCCAGAGCUUAAGAAAUGUUGCCGACAAACUAAAGGACGACGACUGGAAGUACGAACCAAUUGAAAAUCUCCUGGGGUUUAAAUGACCUACUGGUGGAUGUCCACGACUUCCAAAUGUAGAAAUAUGUACAGUAUUAUGGAAUGGUACGCAGUAAUCUAUGUUAUUAUGGGAUUGAUUUAGUAUGCUGUUGGAUAUUUGGACAUGAUUUUCAUCCGAUGCACCGUCGGAGCUGACCAGUUUCCUGUAUAUAUCAUUUCAGAAAAGCUUGUAGGGCAUUGUAAGGUCCUUGGUAGUGUAUGGUGGAGAGGGCGAAGGGAGAAUUCCCUUCGUUUCAGUCAUUCAUGUGCAGCCUGCAUAUAGUCUUCCAUGUUGAGGGGUACCUGUGUUCGCGAAUGAUUAUACUUGAAGAAUGUGAUGUAAGAAACAAAGAAAAGUAAGUAAGGCAAAGUAAGAAAAGCGGGUAUACAGAAACUUAUUUGAAGCAAACCACUUGGGAUAUAAAUACAACAUUAAUCGCAGCACGACAGAUUACACUGACAUUUGUACUAUUUGUGACUUUGCAACUGCUGCUCAUUUUGCAAUUAGGAUGAGGGAGAAUCAGGAAUAAUCCCAGAUAACAGCUCCUCAUGAAAUAGCCUUCCAUCAAACUGUCCUGCACUUCUUGAUGAGAAAGCAGCACACAGCCGAUGUCGUGCAACUGUGUACUAGGUGUGUAUCAUUGUGUGUAAACAGCUCUACUGUUGUGUAUAGUGUCAUACUUGCUUGUAGUUGUAUAAAUACCUUAGCUCCACCUCAUGUAAGGCCCUACUGAGGCCCUUGAGGGAUGUCCAUAAAAGAAAAUGUUGUGUUGCUACAUAGAGUUUCGAUUGAGCUUAGUGUAAUCGCAUGCUGCCAAGGCGGGACCAUCCCUCUCCCCCACCCAGAAAAAUUGUGGAUCCGCCCCUGAGCGUAAGGCAGUUGAAAACAAGGGACGUAGACAUAAAUGACAAACACAGCAGUGAUUGUCGUAAACAGGCCCGGAACAUUGGCAUACUAUCCUAAUGUCUCAGGGUUGACCUCCCGACACAAUUCCUUUAGCUUGGUUUAUGCUAGUCCUCAGCCAAACUCACACACUACAAAAUGCACCUCCUACGAUAAUUGUCCUGCAGGAGGAGGAUGGAUAACUUGGUCCUGGCGGUAACCGUGGUACAGGAAGCAUCCCAAUUAAGGCUACUUAGGGAUGGUCGCAUGCUUUCUGUGGUGGGUAGUUCUGCGGGACUGUCUGGAUCCCAGAGCAAGAGGUACUGCAUGCCCCUCCCUCUACCGUAAUCUUUCCCCUCCCUCUUGGUGCACCGAGCCACCAAUUGAGAGCACGCUGACCAUGCCCUUCCCUAAACAUCAUUCACAAAUAUUCAGUCACACAUAUUAUGCUCAAGAGCUUUUCUGUAUGUACUAAAAAAGAAAAUAAAGAAUGUGUUCAAGGAGA